AUGACAUUCGCCUCGAUUACACCAUUCUUAGUGGUCCUAACGCUCCGAGUCAUCAAAGCAGAUGAAAUAUUCAUUGGAUGCUACUCUUAUCCCGAUGUCCUCAAUGGGACAUCCAUGGAACUUAUGCCAUCCAGCGAUGUGAACUGCUUUCUCCACUGUAUCGCUUCGGACUGGCUUUAUGCGUAUUCACAUUUCGAACCUUCAGCCGAACACGGCACCGAUAAAUAUUGUCUUUGUUCGAACGAUGCACCCUCUGUGGUGAACAUGGUUGGUGAUGCGGUUUUAUGUACAGCUGAGGAAAAUUCGGUCGUGUCUGUGUCGGCUAAUGUCCCUCGAUGGCGGUGGACAGGAGGGGAAAACGGUCUAUGCUGGGGUAUCAGCAGCGGUAGUCCCACAUUAUUCCAUUCAGCCACGACAGCUCUGGAAUGUAUCUCAAUCUGUCCACGAUAUGCUCAGGUGGUAUACGACGAUAACUCAAACCCUUCCGGAUGCUGGUGUGAGGGCUUUAGAUGGUGGGAAGAAACUUUCCCUACUACGUGUGGAUUUAAUGUCGCUUUCCCUUACGAAUUCAAGUUCUGGGAGACUCAACCUUCGAAUGUUGUUCGACGAAGAGAUAGGGAGAGAAGGGAGUCGAACGCUAGAAAGGCGGAUUGGUCCUUGUGUCCGGAUGGAAAGAGGGCUUGCAAUAUCAUGGAUGGCGAAGGUCUGAGCUAUGAAUGCAUCGACACAGACAACGAGUUAGAAUCGUGUGGUGGUUGUUCACACGGAGAGUUUGGUAUUCAUAGAAGUGAAAUUAAGGGACAUGCCGUGGGAGUUGACUGCACUACCUUGCCUGGAACAUCUCCUUCUGGGGUGACAUGUAUGGCGGGUAGAUGUACGGCGUCGAUCUGCGAAUCCAACUAUCAAUUGGUGGAUGAACGUUGCGUGGCAGUGAUACCCGAAUAG